AAUGGCCGCUGUCAGCAUUGCAAAACAUAACCUCUUUUCCGUCAAGACAGCGUCCACAAGUCGUUCAUUAGUUAUACAUAUUAAUCAGUGAUUUUAUAAAUAAAGUUUACGUAUAUACACUAGUUAUUUCAAACUAGAAGAUAUGAGCGAGUACACAAUGAAAUUAGAUGACACAACAGAGAAGCAUCUUACCCUCCUGCUGUUUGCUGACGUUGAAAAUGCCAGGGAUGUAAAAACAAAGUUGAUAAAUGGAGAAUUACGUUGCUGUGUUUUAAAAGCAAGCUUGAUAGUCGAUCCUUUUCAGGUCGUAGUGGCUGCAAAUAAGGCUGCACUCAAAGAAAUGCACUCGCGACUCACUACAAAAACUGUAUUCACAGAAAUCCUGUUUGAUCUUUCUCUAUCGAAAAACAUAACACAAUCAUUGAUCAAGUUUGGUAUAGACGACGCCGAAAGGAAUAUCCUCGUUGCAGUGAUUCACAGUCUAGACGAUAAGAAAUCCAUUGUCCAGAAGGUUGUUAGUAGUAUCAAGGGACAACAAGUUUCCAUUGACAAAUUAAAAGAUUAUACAGAUCUCAAGCUUGUACGUAAAACCUACAAAAUCGAAGAUACAGAGCUGACAGUGUCUAAUUUAGUGGAUUCGCUAGUGAGCAGGAUUUCUACCAAGGAUUUUGCAUCAUACUGAACUAUCAUUAUUCAAAUUUUACAUUAUUGUCUGGUUAACUGGAAUGUACACAAGACUGUUAAAAAUUAAAGAUCGUAGAACUAGCAGACAUUAAUAUUGAAGUGCGAAAUCAUUAAAAACAUGUGAAAUCUUUUAUAACUAUGUGUACUAGAUAAUAGUGUUACUUGAAUAUUUAUGUUACUGUUAGAUACAUACAUUCAAUGAAUAAAUAAUGUAUAUUCUGUAAUA